GGCCAUGGAGGAGGAGCGGGGGUCGGCGCUGGCGGCGGAGUCGGCUCUGGAGAAGAACGUGGCCGAGCUGACCGUCAUGGAUGUGUACGACAUCGCGUCGCUUGUGGGCCACGAGUUCGAGCGGGUCAUCGACCAGCACGGCUGCGAGGCCAUCGCGCGCCUCAUGCCCAAGGUCGUGCGCGUCCUGGAGAUCCUGGAGGUGCUGGUCAGCCGCCACCACGUCGCGCCCGAGCUGGACGAGCUGCGCCUGGAGCUGGACCGCCUGCGCCUGGAGAGGAUGGACCGCAUCGAGAAGGAGCGCAAGCACCAGAAGGUGGGCGGCGGCCUCGGUCUGUCCGUCCGGGCAGUGGGACCGCGGGGACCCAAGGGCUCUUCCGCAUUGGGCAGCUGUGGGUGCACAUGUGUGUGUGUUCAGGGACCGGACCAGAGGAGACCCGACGUGGGGAGGGAGGGAGGCCCUGGCCUUCUUUUGCCCGACCAGGGGUGGCUGGCAGAUACCACCCGAGAGAUUAAGAGCUGUUCUCUGGAGUUCCAAUCCCACCUGUACCGUUUAAUAGCUGUGUGACUUUGGGUAAGUUACUUAACCUCUCUGUGCUUUAUUUCCUCACCUGUCAAAUGGUAAUCAUAAUAGGACCCACCUUAGAAGAAUAAAUGGGACCAUAUAAGCUAAGUGCUUAGACAGUAUUAUUCUUUUCCAGACAUGAAAUAAACCUCUUGCCCUCCUGAGUUACCCAAGAAGAUGUGACAUCAGGCCCAGGACCCUUUCUUCACCCCCCACCCCCAGUCUCCCCAGAGCAAAGGGAAUGUGACUUCCAGCCACUGAGCUUCCUGACCCCCAGUCUCCGGGUUCAUAUUUGCAACUUUCUUCGCGGGACUCCCCUAGCUUAUGAACCUGUGGUAGCCUGUGUUCUCUCCUCUGAUUUUAUCCUUAAUCCUCACAGGACUCUAUAGAGACUGUCUUCAUUUUACAGAUGAAGACACCGAGGGCCACAGUGAGAGGAGGAAUUUGUCCCAAAUUAGUGGAGCUGGAGCUGGUGGAGGAUGUGUGGCGAGGGGAGGCGCAGGACCUCCUCUCCCAGAUUGCCCAGCUGCAGGAGGAGAACAAGCAGCUCAUGACCAACCUCUCCCACAAGGAUGUCAACUUCUCAGAGGAGGAGUUCCAGAAGCACGAAGGCAUGUCAGAGCGGGAGCGACAGGUGAUGAAGAAGCUGAAGGAGGUGGUGGACAAACAACGCGAUGAGAUCCGCGCCAAGGACAGGGAGCUGGGCCUGAAAAAUGAGGACGUUGAGGCUUUACAGCAGCAGCAGACACGGCUGAUGAAGAUCAACCAUGACCUUCGGCACCGGGUCACGGUGGUGGAGGCCCAGGGGAAAGCCCUGAUCGAACAGAAGGUGGAGCUGGAGGCAGACCUGCAGACCAAGGAGCAGGAGAUGGGCAGCCUGCGAGCAGAGCUGGGGAAGUUGCGAGAGAGGCUGCAGGGGGAGCACAGCCAGAAUGGGGAGGAGGAGCCUGAGACGGAGCCGGUUGGAGAGGAGAGCAUCUCCGACGCAGAGAAGGUGGCCAUGGAUCUCAAGGACCCCAACCGCCCCCGGUUCACCCUGCAGGAGCUGCGGGACGUGCUGCACGAGAGGAACGAGCUCAAGUCCAAGGUGUUCUUGCUGCAGGAGGAGCUGGCUUACUAUAAGAGUGAAGAAAUGGAAGAGGAAAAUCGAAUACCCCAACCCCCACCCAUCGCCCACCCGAGAACGUCCCCCCAGCCGGAGUCGGGCAUCAAGCGACUGUUUAGCUUCUUCUCCCGAGAUAAGAAGCGCGUGGCCAACACGCAGAGAAACGUGCACAUCCAGGAGUCCUUUGGACAGUGGGCAAACACCCACCGCGAUGACGGUUACACAGAGCAAGGACAAGAAGCCCUGCAGCACCUGUGACCUUGGCCCACCUCCACCCUCCAACCUGGACUGCCCGCCACCAGCGUCUGCAACCGAACUGCAGCCCAGGGGUCGUUGCUGCCUCAAGCCUCUCGGUGCAGACACACCCUGAAAACUGACCCCUCAAACAGACUGUCUGAUUUGAGGAUGGACAUUGAAAAACUGACGCCAAACUCUAAAGAAAUGUUUAUUUAUACCCAGGGCUAUCACUGUUUCUAAUAGAUGACUCUGAUCCCGUAGGAUAUAUAUUUAAUAAUCCCACGAACGGAGGCCAGACUUCUGCGUUAACUUCAGUAACACAAGCUUCUUUAAGCCAAAUACAUCACUUGCCACUA